AAGUGGUGAAGGGCUGGUGGAAACUCCCUGCUGCCAGCAGCAGAGGCACCCCCUGCCAUGGGUAUCACCGACUAGCUGUGGAAUAAACCCCCUUCCAUUUGCCCCCUCUGCAGCCCCCCAGGUUCAAAUCAUAGCCAAGUUGCUUCUGUUCACACCUGCUUUCAGUGAGUGCGGGUUCAGUGGGAAUGGAUGAGAGAGCUUGACUCCCAUCUGGGCUUAUGAGGCGCGGAAUAGCAUGAGCCCAUUUGGAGGCCAAGCCUGAAGGCAGAGGGGGCUAGGAGAAUGGGAGCCACGGAGAAUGCAUAGGGCCCUCGGAAGCAGGCCUUGGACUUGGGGAUCCGAGUGAUCUUGCGUUAAGCUGACAUGAGGAUGGGAGCACCUCAGAAUCCCAGGCCCAGCAUCACUCCCACACCUGCAGCUCUCAGGCUAGGCUUCUGCCUGCAGCAGAGUUAGGUCUGUCCAGCUUGGAAAACUCCUGGGACGUUCCGGCUGGGUGCCUGGGGACGUCCCCCCCUCCUCUGGCUGUCAGGUGAGCUGAGGGUGGAGCGGGCAUGUGAGCACCACCCCUCGGGUCACUCCCGCACCCCCCACCCAUGCAGACACACAUAACCUUGUCAGCCCCACUGCCUGCAGGUCUGACCAGCACAGUCCUCUGCUGACAGCGCAGGGAGGGAGCUGCAGGCCAGGGCCCGAGCUGCCCAGAGACAGGAGACCAGAGGAGACAGGGAGAUUAGAGGCAAGAGAAGGGGAGGCCCUGGGAACAAAGGAAGCGACCGCCAAGGCCCCAGGACCUGGACACAAUGGAGUCGGGCAGGCACAGCUUGGCCAAGACGCUGGUGUGCCGGCUCUGGAUGACCGUCAGCAAAGCUCUGUUUGCCGAGUUCCUGGCCACGGUGUACGUGUUCUUCGGCGUGGGCUCAGCUCUCAGAUGGCCCCUGGCCCUUCCCUCUGUGCUGCAGAUUGCCAUCACCUUCAACCUGGCCACGGCCAUGAUCGUCCAGGUCACCUGGAAGGCCAGUGGGGCCCACGUCAACCCUGCUGUGACGCUGGCCUACCUCGUGGGCUCCCAGAUCUCCCUGCCCCGCGCUGUGGCCUAUGUGGCUGCCCAGCUGGCGGGGGCCACAGUGGGGGCUGCUCUUCUUUACGGGGUCAUACCUGAGGACAUCCGAGAGACCCUCGGGGUCAACAUGGUCAGGAACAGUGUCUCGAUCGGCCAGGCGGUGGCAGUGGAGCUGGUCCUGACCCUGCAGCUCGUGCUCUGUGUGUUCGCCUCCACCGACAGCCGUCAGGCGACAGGCUCCCCAGCGGCCACCAUUGGGGCCUCCGUGGCAGUGGGCCACCUCAUUGGGAUCUACUUCACCGGCUGCUCCAUGAACCCAGCCCGCUCCUUUGGUCCUGCCAUCAUCGUUGGGAAGUUCGAGGUCCACUGGAUCUUCUGGGUGGGACCCCUGACGGGGGCUGUCCUGGCUUCACUGAUCUACAACUUUAUCCUGUUCCCUGACACCAAGACCCUGGCCCAGCGACUGGCCAUCCUCACUGGCACUGCGGAGGUGGAGAAAGUGGAAGGGGAGGAGCCCCAGAAGGAAGGAUCCCAGGCCAGUUCUGGGGACAUGGAAAUGGAGAGUGUGUGUCAGGUGGCCUAGAACUUGGCCCCUGACCUCGAGCUUCUGAAAUGUGCCCUGAAAGUGGGCAGCAUGCUUGUGUAACCAGACUUCAGGUUUUCCUGGGGGGCGGGGGACUUGCAAGGUGGGGUAGGGAGGCUUGGCCACUUGUCCUAGCAGGGUGGGCGGGGGGAAUCCCUGGCAUUCCAUUUCUAGACGGGAUCUGGGAAGCCAAUCUACUCCGUUCCCUCCUCCUCCAUAUAUAUUUUUUCUUUUGGCCGCAGCCACAGCAUGUGGAAGUUCCCAGGCCAGGGAUCAAACUCACCCCACAGCAGUGACCCGAGCUGCCUCAGUGACAAUGUCAGAUCCUUAACCCGCCGAGCCACAAGGGAACUCCUCCUACAUCUCUUUUAAUGAGUCAGAACAGAGGGAGGCAGGGGAAUUGUGAUUGCCCUCCCUUAUCUCAUCUGUCUGGGCCCCAUGGCCCAGGGGUGGUCCUGGGCCCCCAGACCCCCUUGUCUUGAAGAAAAGGGAAUUUGAGCCUGGACAGCCACUCUGCUUAGAGAUUGAGGGCUAUGGGGAUCUCAGGGAACCCCAGCCUCUCACCCCACCCUUGGGGAGGAGGGGCCAGUCUUCUCGGGAAAAUCAGGCCCUGGAACAGCUUCAGAGCUCCUUGGAGGGGUGCUUCUGCUCUUGGAUGUGGUUUGGGGGAUUCCUGAGGCCAGAGAUUACCCUGCCAAUAGGUGUUCACUCCUUACUCCUCCAAAUCCUCAGCAGAGAGCCCCUCCCUCAGGAAGAACUGCCACAGAAGGACCCUCUUCAGGGUGGGUGGAGGGGCAGGAUAUACAGGCAAAGGAGGUCCAGGCCAGACAGGCCUUUCCCCGGGGCGGGCUCCCCCAGGUGUUCGCCUGCUUCCCAUGCCAUACCCCCAUGCACAGGAGCGAUCCUGAAAGGGGGCAGGUUCCAUCCCAGCCCUCCCUCUGUGACCUGGGCCUAAAGACGCCACCCCUAGCCUCAUUCUCAGCCCUGCUAGGAUCCCAAAGAGUGUUGAGUAAGUCCCAAGAUCAUUCCUAGGAACUCAGGAAUGACCCAGGAAAUCAAGAUUUCACUUCGGUGCCUCUGGAGGAUGUGGGAGUCUCACUUGGUUUGUUAACAUUUACCAGCUGCUGUAAAUCUCCUCUGCCUGUGACGUGGGGUCCUGUCUGGAUCUCAGUUUUCCCUGGCUGUAAAAUGGGCACAACCUGCCCCCGGAGAUUGAUGUUAAAACAGGCAAUUGGAAAAUGUUUGGGGAAAUUAAAAUGCUAGGAAAAGGCACCCAAUAAAUGAUGAUGAUUGUU